AUGGAGUUGGGGGGUGGGGGACCCUUGAACAAUUUCCUCCUCAUAUCAUAUGGUCCCUCCCAUGUCAAUGUGUACGUCAUGGCAUGGCCACCUCAUCAUUUCUUUACUCCUCCAUCUAGCUACAGCUGAAGUUGAUUAUCCUCUCUGCUCUAAUCCUCCAUGCAUCAGCUCCCUCACCACACACAAGUACACAACCACAGUAGCUUAGCACAGCUCUUUAGUUAAGUGCGUACUAAUUACCAGUGUGCUCAUCUCUCACCUGAGCAAGAGAGAGAGAGAGAGAGAGUCACUUUCAAGAGAGGAGGCUUCUUCUUCUUCUUCUUCUUGAAGAGCUAGCUAGCUAGCUAGCUUUCAUGGCGAGUUCUUGAUGGUAUGGAUAAUCUCCUAGAGUGAGGCGAGCUAGGUAGGUAGAGGUAGCGUGUGGGUGCGAUGGAGAGCCAGAGGGUGGUGGUGGUGGUGGAGGACGUGGCCGCCGCCCGCGCCGCGCUGCAGUGGGCCGUCCGCAACUUCAUCCGCUCCGGCGACUGCAUCACGCUGCUGCACGUCUGCCCGCCGGCGCGCUCACGCCGGCGCCGGCGAAGCCUCCGCCUCGGCGGCUUCCAGCUCGCCCUCGCCUUCAAGGAGCUCUGCAACGGCAUCGCGGAGGCGAAGGUGGAGAUAGUGGUGAGGGACGGGGAGGUCGGGGAUACGGUGGUGGCGACGGUGAACCAGCUCGGCGCCACCACGCUCGUCGUCGGCCUCCACGACAAGAGCUUCCUCUACAGGUCGGCGAGCCCGUAUGAGCGAGUGAGGAGGCUUGGGUGCAGGGUUCUGUGCAUCAGCCAGCACGCCACGGCACGGCAUGGCUCCUUCAACGCCGAGCUCACCCAAAUCGAGACCAUCAAUCUGCACGUGCCGCCGCCUAAAAUCCCGUUCCCAAUGUUCACUCUUCCGCUGGGCUUGCUAUGGGGAAGAAGAUCGAAGGCAAAGAAGAGAAAAUGAAGUCACUGUGCAUGACAACAUUUGCAGUUCGAGUUAGCUCACUGAUUCGAUCGAUCGAUCAUACGAGUAACUGAUAGAUUACUCUGAUUGAGCUGGUUGCCCGGGUACAUAUAACUAUACAAACACACACAUCAGGACAUGAAAACAUCGAGUGAAGCAGGGAAAAGGGAGGCCAUUCUUUUUCCUCACUUGGAUUGGAUAUUUGUAUUGAUCCAUUUGUUGCACUUGUACAGAGAUGAUCCAUAGUGGUCAAAUGACAAACACCAAGAAACACAUGUAGUAAAUGGUUUUUCUUUUACC